AUGCAGUCUAGCAGGGAAUUCGAUAUCGUGGUUCUUGGGCCCACCGGGUAUACCGGGAAGUAUUGCGCUGAGCACAUUGUUAAGAACCUCCCUACGAACCUGAAAUGGGCUCUCGCAGGACGUUCCCCGCAAAAAAUCGAAGGCGUUGCCCAGGAGCUGAAAAGGCUCAACCCAGAUCGCGCAGAACCAGAGAUCAUUGCUGUCCAACUCAAUCAAGAAGAAUUGCGCCCUCUUGCAGAGAGAACGAAGGUUAUCAUCAACUGCGUUGGGCCGUAUCACAUAUAUUCCACACCUGUGGUUGAAGCUUGUGCUCAGACUGGCACCCACUAUCUUGAUGCGACUGGAGAAACACCUUGGGUCAAACAGACAGUUGAUCAGUAUCAUGAGACAGCCAAAUCUAAUGGCGCUAUCAUAAUCCACUGCCUUGGCAUUGAAAGCGCUCCCGCGGACAUGUUGGUUUGGGCUAUCGUUAAAGAAGUCCGAGAGAAACUAGCAUGUCAUACCAAAGAAAUCACAGGCGCGAUUUGGGAGAUGAAAUCCUCCGGGGCAAGUGGCGGCACCCUCUCUUCUAUCCUGACCUGCGUUGAGGACUUCUCCGCAAGCCAUCUCCUUGAGUCCACCCAGCCAUUUUCACUCGCGGCUUCCCCGCCACCAAAGGAUAUUCCAUCCGAGUCUAUAAUGGCCAGAGUCCUCGGUGUUCGGUCUGUGCGUGGCCUAGGUACCCUCACCAAGUCACCCUCAGACUUCUGCGACAUGACCAUUGUCCACCGCAGCAGCACAUUGAUGCCCGAAUUCUACGGGCCCAGGUUCUACUUCCGCCAAUUCCUCCACGUCCGCAACACUUUCGUUGGGAUUCUAAUCAACUACGCCCUCUUGAUCGGAACCGCUCUUUUAAUUCUACCUCCGGUCCGAUGGCUUGUGAAGAAACUCAUCUACGCUCCGGGUAGCGGGCCGACUAUUGAAAGUGGCCGUGAUGAUCACUGCGAGUAUCGUGCUAUCGCAACGCCGGAUCAGAACACGUCGAAACGUGUGCUAGGGAAAUUGAAGUUUCAAGGCUCGAUGUACCACGUCACCGGCGUGCUGAUGGCUGAAGCAGCCAUGGUGAUUUUAGAGAACGAGGAGAAGGUGAAGAGGAUCUCGAGGUGUGGUAUUGUUACUUCGGCGGUCUUGGGCCAAGACUUUCUCGACCGGCUGGAGAAAGUUGGAUGCAGCGUUGAGACGCAGGUGUUGGAGAACUGA